CAUCUAUAUAACAACAAUAUGGCCAGCCCGUCGGUCUAAUGUAGGUUGACACCGGCAGUCUAUCGUCGGAGCAGCAUAAGACAGUCGAUCAUCCGAGUCCUCCAUUUUAAAUCCGCGUUUUUGUAAACUGAGACGUGAUCUUGUCUUGGCUCCACUACCGCGGUCACGGUAGUGAAACUCCGGGCUACCCUAUAGGUCUCUGGUGCGUCUUGCUAGGAAGAGGAAAGGGGACUUCAUCACUAAAACCAGGUAAUCACGGCCAAAAUCUCAACUUGAAUACCUACCGCAUCAUACCUAUAUUGUUCACCUUCACGACAUUUGAAUCACGCCACAUAUGUCCCACUAUGGCCAUGAAUAUUGACGCCGAGAGCAGUAUACGCGUUAGGAGCCUCACUCCUAGUAUGGAUAAUGUAGUAGGGGGUGUCAGAAAGUCCGGGUUGUCAUGCGCGGAAUGUCGCCGAUCCAAGCUCAAGUGCGACAGGGUAUUCCCGUGUCAGUCAUGUAUACGACGUGGAUGUGCGAAUAUCUGUCCAGAGGGGACUCUCGCCGCCACGAAAGGAAACAAGGUUCUCAUGGCUCAUGCUCAGCGGCUGUCGGAACAGGUAAAAAAUAUGGCAGGGAGAAUCAAAGAGCUUGAAGAAGCACUUCAUGAAUCUCAGAAAUCCAAUCGUGGUAGAAGCGAGCCACGUCCUCUCCUGCAAACUCCUUCCCACUUACACGAACAUGCUGAACUGCCCGAGCUUCGGACUAUUUACGAUGAUGAAGUUCUCGAUGUAUCAGAAAGCAUCGGAUCCUUAUCAAUCGAUGUCGAUGGUCGCACCAAAUACCACGGCGAAUCUGUUGGGUCAGAGUACUUUCAACCAUUGUUUCCGCCUGAAGGUUAUCCACCACAGCAGAGUGUCUCAACUGACCCCAAAUACUUGGGACUUCCAUUUGAAAUCAUCGAUCUCUGCAAUGCAUACCCCUUCGGUCUGAGGGACAGUCAAUAUACGAAAUUUCUCUUCUUGCCCUUUCUUCCUUCUCGUGAACGAGCCCUGCAGCUUAUGGAGCUAUAUUAUCGAAAUGUUGCAUGGAUGUUCGACGCAAUCGUACGAGAUGACUUCAUGACAAAUAUUCUAACCCCGUUGUAUGGCCACACCGGUUCCCCUAACGUCAACAACAUCCACUCACACCGACUUUCCGUAUUUUUCAUCGUCCUUGCCUCAGGAGUCCUUUACGAACAAUCACUAUCUUCUGGGGUGCUUGCCGAACAGUACCAUGCCCUUUCCCGCGCAGCACUAUCUAUCGAUCCGAUCUACCAAGAUGCUACUUGCGCUACCGUACAGGCCCUCUUCAUGACCUUCGGACAUAUCUACCAGUCUGAUCGUACGAAUAACGAAGGUAGGUGGCUUCUUAUGGGCGUGGUGGCGAGAGUUGCACAAUUGAUCGGUCUACAACGCGAUAACGCUGGGUGGGGUCUAGGUCAGGAAGAAAUACAAAGACGACGCGUUUUAUUUUGGGAAAUCUACACGGUCGACGCGUGGACAAGCAUCCUCAAUGGUCGCCCACCUGCAUUGAGCAUCAACCAUACAGACUGCUGGUUUCCAGAAGACCUCGACCCCACGAUCAAACCUUCAGGUACGGUUGAAAUGGGAUGGCAUGCCUGGAAGGUCCGUUACUCGGCAAGCUGCUUAGGGAUUUCUGUGCAACAUGUCUUCAGCACACGUGUUCCAAGCUAUUCCACAUUGCUUGAGUUGGACCGAAAGAUACGGAAAUUCAGCCUGCCGUCGCAUUUACAAUCACCAAUAGAAGCCUCAGAAGCGGGGCGUUCUUGGUCUCCAGAAGCCCCUAGGGCAAUGCAACAAUAUGCCGCACUGUGUCAAAGGGAAGCAAAUCUGAUGUACAUCCAUCGGAGCUGGUUCGUACAGGCUAUUCGAGAGGCCCCUGUCAACCCCCUUGAGCACAAAUAUGCGCCCUCAGUCUUAGCUGUAUAUCGCAGUGCUUGUCGGUUAAUCUCCAGCCUUAAUGGGUUGUACCGAGUACAUUCACAACCGACGGAUCGAACGUGGUUUUUCUGGUCGGCCAUCUUCUCUGCAUGUAUCGUUCUCGGAGCUAUAGUGGUGGAUAGUCCACAAUGUACUCUCGCGUCGGAUGCAUUGCAGGAACUGGAAAAGGGGAUUGUGCUUUACGAAGAGGGUUCGUCUCCUUGUCGGCCUCCGGCAACUGUGCCUGUCCUCCACAAGCUGCGUGAGCGUGCCUUCACCUCCCUCCAGGUCGCGCAGAGAGAUACCAGACAAUCACGAUCCCGUCGGUCAUCCAUAAAUUCUGAUGAUCCAGACGUGCUCGGACCCCGGAAUAGCGGCAUUACCGGCACGUCAUGGCGAUUCAGUUCGCCAGCUUCAAGUGCAAGCGCAUCUGAUUCAGACCGACAAUCAUCAGAACCGUCCGAUGCUGAUGCAUCCAUGUAUUACGCAGCACUGGCAAAUCCCAAUCUCGUAUUGCCAGCCACGAGGGAAUUCGAACCGUGCCACGCCUCAACUUCGCAGGAGGAUAUCAGCGCGCCUUCACCGUUCUUUGACCCUGCGCUGCAAGCCGCAAUCAUGAUGCCCAAUACGCAGUCCAAUCAAAGUAUUGCAGGUCCCAGUUCGAGUAUGCCUCCGCCACAACCACGACCAUCAUCAUAUCAGCAGGUGGCACCCCAGAAUUUUUACGUCAACGAAGCUUAUCAUAAUAACAACCAGGAGGAAGUUUGGCGACAAUAUAUUAAAAACCUAGGAGUCAUGAAACCCUAGUCCACGACGUCCGUCACGACUUACAUUCCAGACUAUACAUAACCAUCCAUCGUAUUUUCGUUAGCUGUCGCACUCUCUUUCCACGUUCUUGUCGCACACACGUUUUCGCUGUUCGUUGUCUUCUGCACAUUUUUUUUCUACAGUACUUGAUUUUUACAAGCUAGUUCAUCUUGAUUAAAUUCGUGUCAUCGAUUGGCAUGGCGUUAAUUUCGGCUUGAUCACGCAACUCCAUCGCAUGAAGGAGCGUAUCUAUGUCUGGUGAGACGACAAACCGCUUGUUGACUUCUCCCAUGAUGUGCAAGCGUUUGUUUUGCAGAUCCAAGUGGACAGCUUGCUGCAAAAACGAUGGCUGAGUUGCGCCAGUUACCUAUAUAUAACUGUCAGCACGACUG